UGCUUAUGCUGACUGUCAGUUUUCUUCUCUAGAAAAUGGUGAAGAAGAAGAAUGGAUAAAACCAUAUUGGUUUUCUCUUCUACCUCUAGAGGUAGUUCAUGUGAUAUUUUCUUAUCUUUCACCGCAAGAGUUAUUAAAGUGUUCUGAAGUUUGCCAGUUGUGGAACCAAGCAGCUCAUGAACCUCAGUUGUGGAAGAAUCUGUACCCUGUUCAUUGGGCCAGAGGUAGUUGGAGAGUAAGCAGACAAGACCUUGUGAAUCCACCCUGGGUGUAUUCUUCUUGUAAUUCUGUACUAUAUGAUGAGGAUGCUGACUUGGAUGAAUCCAGUGAUAGUGAGACAAGUUGUGGUACUAAUGAGAGUUGUGAAGAAAGAAAAAUCCACAUUCAUGAAAGCCAUCUUUUGAAAGGAAUUGUUAAGUACCUGCUUCCUCGUGUUGGUCUUGGAGUGCAUAAAGUUGUUCUCACUGCCUCUAGAGGACUCACUAGUAGUUUGAAAUAUACAGGGUUUUCAUUAUUAUUAAGAGAUGACACUACUCGAGUAGGCAGGCUUGUGAACUCUGGAGGAGUAAGAUUUCUUAAACAUUUGGACUUCUCUGGGUGUAGUGGAUUAACUGAUCUUGGACUUUAUAGACUUGCUGAAAGCAUGAUCCUCAAACCAGCACCACAGACAGUUAAUGAACUGUGUCAGAAAUCAUGGGGAAAAAACGUUUUAUAUAACAAUGAAGAACAAUUUCUACAUAAAGCUGAGAACAAAAGUAAUCCCCAUUGGAACUUUAAUUGUGAUUCUCAGUGUGAUAUUUAUAGAUGUGCACAUCUUGUCAGAAGGAGUGGAGGCACUUCGUUAUCCCAGUUAGAAAAGUUGUCUAUGCAUUGUCCUUUCCGUACCACAUAUCAGUGUUGCUGCAAUGGUUAUAACCACGAAACGGUGAAACAAAUUUCAGAAGUUUAUCAAGAUAUUGAUGUUAAUUAUCAUUCUGGAAUUUCCAGCAGUUUGGAAUUCCUGAGCCUUUCUGGUUGUUACAAAAUCACAGACAGAGGUUUGAGCUUACUUGCCGAUUCUGGACUUUUUAAGUACCUGCAGCAUUUAGAUGUUUCAGGCUGCUGGAAUAUAACUGGACCAAACUUGUGCGAUGUGGUAAACACGGCUCCAGAACUAGCAGCCGAAAAUUUGUAUUACUGUGAUCAUAUUGAAGAAGGACCAUAUCCACUGGAAGCUAACGGUUGCCAAAAUCUUGAUUGUGGGAUACGUUCUUGUUGCUGCAAUUGAUUAGAAAGUGUAAAUAUUUGAAAAGUGUAUAAACAAAUAGCUAUCCAAGUAAGUUAUUAUGUAACAUCACCAGGUGCAUAUAGCUUCGAUUUGUAAUUUAUGCAUUUUGGGUUUUGUGAAACCGGUACAGAAACACUUUAUUAAACUAGUAGACACAAUUAGACUUUCGUGCUGAUAAUGUACAGAUUGAAAUUAUAGUGAACAAAGAUAACAGUUGGAGGUGUGUUUGUACAUAACAGAUUUCGGUAAUCUUCAGAAUGUAUAUUUUUUUUCUUUCAAUAAAUGUAGUAGCUACAAGUAUUUCAAAAAAAAACCAAGCAGUGCUAAAUAUAUUGGAUCAUUUGUGGAAUACCUUCAGUAGUUUUUAGUAUCUAUGCAUAUCACAGUGGCCGUGAUAAAACGUGAACCUCCUCAACUUUCGUUUCUUGGAAUGUAUGAAUGAUACUACCUGACUGCUCCAAUAAUGUAGAAUAACUCAUCAAUAUUAUACAUGGUGGUAAUUAUUUGAUAUUAAUAUCCAUUCAGAAUUCAUAGGCUUGAUGAACUUUUUAUAUCAUCUGAUUAUAUCUAUUUCUGUAGUUAUAUAGUCUCGUGUUGUGUAUUUCUGUAGUAAUAUAGUCUUGUGUUGUGUAUUUCUGUAGUAAUAUAGUCUUGUGUUGUGUAUUUCUGUAGUAAUAUAGUCUAGUGUUGUGUAUUUCUGUAGUAAUAUAGUCUCGUGUUGUGUAUUUCUGUAGUAAUAUAGUCUCGUGUUGUGUAUUUCUGUAGUAAUAUAGUC